AAAGGCACUUGAAGAAGAUAAAGAAACGCCUUUUAAUUUUUUUUUUUUGUUUUUUUUUUCCAGAUGAAAAGACAAUACGAGCACGAACAAGAACAGCCUCAUAAAGCACAAAGACGUCAAUACGAUUCCAACCCGAAUAGUGUUGCUCAACAUUACAACGAUCGUCCUGAUGUUGGUGCUGUAAAACGAAAAGAAUCGCGUAUCAUUCGACUUCGAAGUUUCAAUAACUGGGUCAAAAGUGUCUUGAUCCAUCGCUAUGUUCGACCCAAAACAAAUGUGUUUGACAUAGGAUGUGGAAAAGGUGGUGAUUUGAUCAAAUGGGCUAAAGCAAGGAUUCAUCAUCUUGUAGCAGCAGAUAUUGCUGAUGUGUCCCUGCAACAAAUGCAAGAACGAUACAAGUCAUUAAGAGACCGUACAUUUACAGCAGAAUUCUAUCCUAUGGAUUGUUACCAAGAACUCAUUGCUCCUAAAUUAAGACCUGAUAUGCGAUUUGAUACAGUCUCUAUGCAGUUUUGUCUUCAUUAUGCGUUUGAAAACAAACAGAAAGCACGUACCAUGCUUCAGAAUGUAUCUGAGCGCUUACGUUCCGGCGGUUAUUUUAUUGGCACGAUGCCUGAUGCCAAUUGGAUUGUGAAGCGUGUACGUCAAGAACCCAAAGGAUCGUUUGGAUUUGGUAAUUCAAUUUACAGCAUUACAUUUGAAGAUAUACAAGAUGUCAAUGAUGACCGUAAAAAAAUUGGUUUUAAGCCUUUUGGCUGCAAGUACAUGUUUCAUUUAGUAGAUGCUGUAGAUUGCCCUGAAUAUCUUGUCCAUUGGAAAACAUUUGAGAGUCUUGCCAAAGAAUAUGGGUUGCGCUUGAUAAUCAAAGAAAACUUUCAUCAAUUCUAUACCUCUGCUUCACAAGAAGAGGGAUUCUCGAGGUUAUUACAACGUAUUGGUGUUGUGGGCGGUCAUACGCCUGAAAUGACAGAAGAGGAGUGGGAGGCAGCGGGCAUUUACCUCGCGUUUGCAUUUGAAAAACAGUAA